AUGUGGUCUACUUUUUUUUAUUUGAUUAAAGCUGUUUUUGUUAUUGUUCCUUUACUUAUUGCUGUGGCCUUUUUAACUUUAGCAGAACGAAAAAUCUUAGGAUAUAUGCAAAUGAGAAAAGGGCCAAAUGUUGUAGGGGGCGGGCUUCUUCAGCCUUUUGCAGAUGGGAUAAAAUUAUUUCUUAAAGAAAUGAUCAUCCCUCAUCAGGCAAGUGCUUUUGUUUACUUUUUUGCCCCAGUUGCCUCUUUUACAUUAGCUUUUAUUGUUUGGGGAAUUCUUCCUUAUGGAAGAGGAGUUGGUAUAAGUGAUUUUAAUAUUGGUCUUUUGUGGGUUUUAGCCAUUUCUUCUAUAAGUGUUUAUGCUGUUUUAAUGUCUGGGUGGGGGAGUCGUUCAAAAUAUGCUUUUUUAGGGGCUAUUCGCGCGGCUGCGCAAAUGAUAAGUUAUGAGGUUUCGAUUGGGUUGAUCUUGAUUUCUGUUCUUUUAUGUGUUGGCUCUUUGGCUUUUAAUAAAAUUGUUUUGGCACAAAAUUUUAUUUGAUUCUUUAUUCCUUUUUUUCCUAUUGUUGUAAUGUUUUUGGUUUCUAUUUUAGCAGAAACGAAUCGUGCCCCGUUUGAUUUAACGGAAGGAGAAUCGGAGCUUGUUUCGGGCUAUAAUGUUGAAUAUGCCUCUAUGUCUUUCGCUUUAUUUUUUUUAGCAGAGUAUGCACAUAUUAUUUUUAUGAGUUGUUUGACUAUUCUUUUGUUUUUUGGAGGGUGGUUGGGUUUACCUUUUGGUUUGAAAGUUAUUUUUAUUGUUUGUUUUUUUUUAUGGGCACGAGCGUCUUUUCCUAGGAUUCGAUAUGACCAGUUAAUGGCCCUAUUAUGAAAAGGGUAUUUGCCUUUUAGUUUGGGGGUUGUUCUUUUUGUUGCUAGUGUUUUGUUUGGAUUUAAUGGUCCUUCUCCAAUAUAG